UUGAACGAGACUACCAUUGAACUACUCAAGCACACAUGUGGUCAAAGAGAAUUAGCGUUAUAGAUAUUUUCUAAUUCUAGCUCCUUGUUGAGAAGCAUGGGUUGAUUUGAUACAUUUAUACCAAAACUGAAGAAAGAUGAUCUGUAGGAAAGGUGAGACGAGAAAUAGUUAUGUUACAGGCCCACCUGUCAUGGACCCUAACACGGAAUAUGUCAAUCCUGGCACUGAGGAUCAGAUGGCCAUAGAGGGAUACAAACUAAACAAAUGGAAACGAGCCUUUACCUACCUGGCCUGUGUGGUAACUGGCGGGUUCCUGCGUCUCGUGUUCUAUUGGUGCCCCCAUUGGAUGCUUCGAUGGACACAUUCGCCCUGCACCCUAGGGGAGGCUGAGGCUAUACUCCUCCUGGACCAGUACAAGCAGUGGUUCGUGUCUAAAGUCCUCCUCACAACCAAGCAUGGCACCAGAAUCAAAGAGGUGAAGUUAUCACCAUCAAUUUCCUUCCAGCCAAGACGACGAAACAACCCAGCCUGUACAACUGUUCGUGAUGCAGCAAAUCCAGACCCUGAUAAGGAGGUUGAGGAAGCUCUCCUUUCCAGUCCUACACUACAUACCGAUGACAGUAUUAUACGAUAUUUCACGGUAAAGAAAGUGAAGUACCUGUGGAACCGCCAUCAUCAGACUUUUGAGAAACUCAGAGCCUAUGAUGAAAGCACAAUGUGUUCAUACUUCCAUGAAACCCAAGGGUUGACGGCUGAUGAAUUGGAGGAGAGAAGUAUACUAUAUGGCAUCAACUCUAUUCAAGUCAGUGUCACCCCUAUCAUCGUCCUUCUGAUAAAAGAGGUGCUGUCCCCUUUCUAUGUGUUUCAAGUAUUCAGUAUGAGUGUGUGGUACUCAGACGAGUACUAUAUCUACGCCACCUGUAUCCUCCUCAUCACAACCGUCUCCAUCAACACAUCCAUCUACCAAACCAGAUCUAUGCAGCGAGCAUUGCGUAACACAAUUCAAGCUUCAACGACCGUGACGGUUUUCCGUGGCGAUAAUGAACCCUGUAACAUCCAAUCAGAGGACCUGAUCCCUGGUGAUGUCAUAGAGAUCCCGCGGCAUGGCUGUAUAAUGCAGUAUGAUGCUGUCCUCGUGGCUGGGAACUGUAUCGUAGACGAAAGCAUGCUCACAGGAGAGAGUGUUCCAGUGACGAAAACUCCCCUCCCAAACCCUAAGCUGGUCAAACCCGGUGAACAGAUAACUACGACCUUUGACAUCAAAGAGCAUGCACGUCACAUCCUGUUCUGUGGCACACAUAUAAUACAAACACGUUACUACGGUAACAAGAGGGUCAGGGCAGUGGUGGUCAGAACAGGAUUCUCCACAGCUAAAGGUGAACUAGUGCGCUCCAUCCUCUACCCCAAACCUGUCGACUUUAAGUUUGAGCGUGACACCUACAUCUUUGUGGGUGUGCUGGCAAUGAUCGCAGGUCUCGGCUUUAUUUACACCAUCAUACUGGAGAUUCAGUAUGGUGAGGAUGCUAAGGACAUUGCCCUCCAUUCCCUUGAUAUCAUCACUAUCACCGUACCUCCUGCACUGCCAGCGGCACUCACGGUGGGCAUUAUCUUCGCCCAGAGACGCCUGAAAUCUCACGGCAUCUACUGCAUCAGCCCGCGGGCCAUUAACAUAGCUGGUAGUAUUAACGCGGUGUGUUUUGACAAGACCGGCACUCUGACGGAGGAUGGACUUAUGAUGCAAGGUGUUGUACCAUCUGAAGGUGCUUGUUUCCAGGAAGAGAUCCGCCAGAUGUCUGACGUUUCCAAGGGGACCUUGCUGGUGUGUAUGGCAACCUGCCAUUCUCUCACUAAGAUUGAUGGUGUUCUCAGUGGUGAUCCCCUGGACCUCAUCAUGUUUGCAUCCGUCGGCUGGGACUUGGAGGAGCCAGGCCAUGAGGAGUCUCACAGAUUUGAUAUGAUGGUGCCUACAAUUGUCUACCCAUCUGUAUCACCAGACGUCCUCAAGGACACCAUCGACUUCGCAGAUAAGGUUGACCCACAGCCACUGGAGGAGUACGGAAUCCUGCGUCAGUUCACAUUCAGCUCCAGUCUACAGCGUAUGUCUGUCAUCGUGAGACAGCUCCAGUCCACGAACUUUGAGCUGUACUGUAAAGGUUCACCUGAGAUGAUCGCCAGCCUCUGUAGACCAAGCACAGUACCUGACAACUUCCAGAGUGUGUUGAGUUCCUAUACCCAACACGGUUACCGUGUGAUCGCUCUGGCCUGGAAACCACUGUCUUCUAAAAUAAACUACGUCAAAAUACAGAGGAUGCAGAGAGAACAAGUAGAGAAGGACCUGCUGUUUUUGGGACUCCUCAUCAUGGAGAACAAGCUGAAACAUGAGUCGUCACCUGUCAUCAGUCAGCUCCGCGACGCUAACAUUCGCACUAUCAUGGUCACAGGAGACAACAUACUGACAGCCCUAAGUGUGGCGCGGGAGUGUGGAAUGGUGGACCCUCCUGAUAAAAUCAUCUUGGCUGAGGCUUUCUACCUUCCCGGGGACAGCACACAGUCAAACCCACAACUAGAGUUUGUGUACGCUGACGAUCGUAACAGGAAAGUGGAGGAAAUAUCUACAGCAGAGGACAUGACAAUCCAGAUAGAUAACGACCCAUAUGACAAGUUUCAUUUUGCAGUCACAGGAAAGUCCUGGAGUGUCCUUCGUCACCAUUUCCCAGAAAUUCUACCCAAGAUUGUAGUGAGGGGGGCAGUGUUUGCUCGAAUGUCUCCCGGUCAGAAGGCACAGCUUAUUGAGGUUCUACAGGAAGUUGGAUACUAUGUGGCUAUGUGUGGAGAUGGAGCCAAUGACUGUGGGGCUCUGAAGACAGCACACACUGGGAUAUCCCUGUCUGAGGCGGAGGCUUCUGUGGCAUCUCCAUUCACGUCCAAGACUCCUAAUAUCAAAUGUGUGCCCACUGUUAUAGCUCAGGGAAGAGCCGCCCUAGUGACGUCCUUUGGGAUAUUUAAGUACAUGGCCUGUUACAGUCUCACACAGUUUAUUUCUGUCUGCUUGCUGUACUGGAUUGGGGCCAACAUGACAGACUUUGAGUUUCUGUAUGUCGAUUUGAUUUUAGUGUCCACACUCAGUAUUACAUUUGGUAGGACGGAGGCUCACCCAAAACUGGCCAAGGAGCCACCCCCAUUUAGCCUGACAAGUGUGCUGCCAAUCCUGUCCCUAGUCAUACAGAUCAGUAUACAGAUGUCAGUACAAGUCUUCUGUUUCUAUCACGUACAGACACAGCCGUGGUUUAAGCCCUACGAGGAGAACCCAGAUGACAACUACAUCAGUUACGAGAACACAGCGGUAUUCUACGGCUCUGCCUACCAGUAUAUCAUUCUCGCGAUUGUGUUCGCCAAAGGACCACCAUACAGGAAGAGGCUUUUCACCAACUAUUUGUUUUUGGGGAACAUCAUUGCAUGUACCUUGGUGACAAUGUGGCUCACAAUUUACCCACCAGAGGGAGCUCUAGAAUUCCUUGAGUUAAUGCCGCCAGACUCCAUCCCUUAUCGGCUACUGUACGUGGGCAUGGCUGCAGCUAAUCUUCUCCUGUCCAUACUGCUCGAGAUGUUUGUGCUUGAUAGCAUAUUUGUACGAAAGAAAUGCAAUUAUUACGCUCAAAAGUGGCUUAUUUUGGGAGUUCACCGCUAUGCUGAGAUUGAAGAGGAAAUUGAUGGCUGUCCCGACUGGCCUCCGGUGAGCCCUUCAUCUACUAGUCUGUCCAACGGAUUGGUUCAAAUGGAGAGUCAGCUGUCCCGAAUUGACCCCAAAGAUACUGACCAUAUCCUACCACCAGACACGGACACAGACACCGUCAGUUGUAAAUCUAGUAGCUCCUCGCCACUCAAGUCUGUGUCUAGUGUAGAGGUUGGUCUUAUGGAGGAGGACAGUGUGAGUGGUCAGUUUGACCUAGGGCAGCCAUUACUAAGACAAAGCUCAUCUGAAGGAUCCUAGCACACACCACACUGAUACUAUUGCUGAACUAUCUCACCUGUACAAAGCUUGUACGGAUUCAAAACGUACAGAAUUUAUCAUAUUGUAUUUAUUUUGUCCUAAUUUUCUACGAUUUCCUAAGUACACGGGGUUAACAGUGUAGGUAUGUGAUAUGAGCAACAUAAUGCAAAUUUUAAAAUAUCCUUUCAUUUAUAAAGAGAAGGAUAAUAAGUUAUGACCUUUGUAGAGAGAAUUCAUCACUAAGGAUGACUUUUGAACUAUGUAGAGAUGAUUUAUCACUAAUGAUAUAAGUUAAUGACAUUUGACCUAUGUAGAGACGAUUUAUCACUAAUGAUUUAAAGUUAAUGACCUUUGACCUAUGUAGAGAUGAAAUAUCACUAAUGAUUUAAGUUAAUGACCUUUGACUUAUGCAGAGAGGAUUCAUCUAAUGAUAUGAAAUAAUGACCUUUAACCUUUAUAGAGAGGAUUUAUCACUUAUGAUUUAAGUUGAUGACAUUUGACCUUUGAGAGAGGGUUUAUCUCUUAUGAUACAAGUUAAUGACCUUUGACCUAUAUAGAGAGGAUUUUUGUCGUAUGAUAUAAAUCAAUGACCUUUAAGUAGUUUGUACAAUCUGAGAAAAUGACUCAACAUUAUUGAGAAAAUAUUCCUUGUUCCAUAAACAAAAUGAAUAUCUCAGAAUAAUAACAAUAUACUUCGCACAUUUGUAUUUGAAGUGGUAUUUUCCUGAAUAAAUGUUAAAAUCUAUACAAGAUUUAUGAAAUUAAAAUGCUCUUGCUAAAGCUUGCAAUUGAUUGUACAUCUUUAUACCAAUUAAUUUAUUUUACAAAGAGUUACAAAGAGCAUAACAAGGUUGUGUACAUAAUUUGUUGGACCAUCUUUAGCUUGUAACAAGCAUUUUGCUCUGUAAUACAGAAAACCAGGGUGUUCGGUCUGUGUGUGUGGUGAUAUUGUUUCUCAUUAGCCUUCCUUAGUUGUAAAUAUCAGAAAAAAUCUACAAUGUACUUCAUUUUAUUUGUUGUGUUUACUUCUGUUAUUUUUACAGAUCUUGCAGCUUUAAUUUUGUUUAUUAUUAACUUUACUCCUCUUUUUUCUGUUGUGAUCCUUGAUUGUGCUGUUUCCUAUUUCCUUGCCAUUAGUGAGUUACCUCCCCUAUCCAGUUAGUUACAAAUCAGUUUUCCUAUCCUUCAGAAAUGAAUCUCUAACAAAUUAUAUAGAAAUUAUUAGGACCACAUGUAUAAGUCAUUUAAGCUGGAUGUUCGAAUAUUAUUAUAAACAUUUUUCUAGAAUCAAAAUAUUGGAAUGUUCUGCUGAAGUGGUGCUGUUGGCUAUACCAAUAAUAGAAUUUAUAUAAAUUUAUGCAAUUGAUGUUUGAAGGUGACCCUUUUAGUGUUGCAUAACCAAGUAUCUUUUUUUUGUGUCGUUGGUAGUUUUUCUGCCUGAAACAGAUCUCUGAAAACAGGUACAACUUUGUAUCUCUUAUCCUAUAUCUGCUGUGGAACCUUGUUCUGAUUUUAACAAUUCAAAUGUCACCUAACAAGGUCUGUGGCCUUUCCUAUUUCUUAUUAAAGGAUCAUAGUCAAUCCUGUUUCUUUAGUCCAGAAAAUUUGUCCAUCUGGAAUUUGUUCUAAAAAAAAAUAAGUGUCUGGCCAUGGACAGCCCUAGUUCAGACUAUUGUAAGAUUCUUCAAAAUGUAGAAAUGUUGAAUUAAAUGUACAUAAAUACCUGUACACAGUUGAUAUACCAGGGCAAUUUUGUGCUAUUGUUACAUGUACAGGAAAGGUAUAAUAUACGUAGUUACUGGGCAGUAUAGGAUAAGUAAUCUCUACUUUAUAGAAAAAAUACAGGUCUAACAAAUAUUAUAUAAAGUUUGCCCUUCAUUCCAAAGAUGUUAAACUGAAUUAAUACUUCACAUAAAUACAAUUUUACAUGUGUUUUACAUAGAUUUGUGGGUUACACACAUACUACAGCAGUCCAAUAUAGAUGUAUGUAUAAUGACCAAAGUUAUAAACUGUCCAGUUUUAGCAAACAAACCAAAAAUAUAUAAAUACACUCUAGUGUUAGCUUUAUCCUACACUUCAGAUAAAAACCCUGAAACCAUACUAACAGAAUUUGUAUGCAGUCAAGCAUAACACAUUCAUACAAAUUCCAUUUAGAUAUUUAGAUAUGGCUUAUAUCAUGGCAAUAACGUUUCAUUAGUGAUGUUUUUCUUCUUGUUCUCACCUGGGCUAUAUUUUACAUAAUGUAGACACUUGAAUAUAUUAUUAGCUCACCUGGCCCGAAGGGCCAAGUGAGCUUAUGCCGUCGUUGCGGCGUCCCUCGUCCGUCCGGCGUUAAUAUUUUACUUUAAACAACUUCUUCUCAAUUACAAAAGGCCUAGGGUGUUGAUAUUUGGCCAGAAGCAU